AUGCCUGUCAUUAUUACAAUCAAGUACAGAGUUCGUGAAGACGUGCUGAAACAGUUUUUGGAAGAGCACCUGGGAAAAUCCCCAACAGAUACAGGCAUUGUGCUUUGGUACUACGAGCCUGCGAGCGGCACAACAAACAUAGGAUGGCAACUGACAGCCGACCGUCAUCUCACAGAUGACGAGAAACACAAACUUAGGCUACUGUCUCAGCCACCGCCGUCACCCCUUUUUGGCUAA